CAGGGCAUGUUUUCGAGCCAUUUUUGAGGAAAUGUGGUGAAUGUAAACUUGCUCUGUUUGGGGGGGACAUUCUGGAUUUUAGAUAAUGGGCUGUGUGCAAUGUAAGGAUAAAGAAGCAACAAAACUGACUGACGAGAGGGAUGGCAGUUUAACUCAAAGCUCAGGCUACCGCUAUGGGACAGAUCCCACUCCGCAGCACUAUCCUAGCUUUGGUGUGACUUCAAUCCCAAAUUACAACAACUUCCAUGCCACAGGAGGCCAAGGACUGACUGUGUUUGGUGGAGUCAAUUCCUCCUCUCAUACAGGGACACUGCGUACAAGAGGAGGAACAGGUGUAACUCUUUUUGUGGCGCUUUAUGACUAUGAAGCAAGAACAGAAGAUGACUUGAGUUUUCACAAAGGAGAAAAAUUUCAAAUACUUAACAGCUCGGAAGGAGACUGGUGGGAGGCCCGGUCCUUGACAACAGGCGAAACUGGUUACAUUCCCAGUAAUUAUGUGGCUCCAGUCGAUUCCAUCCAAGCAGAGGAGUGGUACUUUGGCAAACUUGGCCGAAAAGAUGCUGAGAGGCAGCUGUUGUCAUUUGGAAACCCCAGAGGUACCUUCCUGAUCCGGGAAAGCGAAACUACCAAAGGUGCCUAUUCCCUGUCUAUUCGAGACUGGGAUGAUAUGAAAGGAGAUCACGUCAAACAUUAUAAGAUUCGUAAACUUGACAAUGGUGGAUAUUAUAUCACAACUCGGGCACAAUUUGAAACUCUUCAGCAGCUGGUUCAGCAUUAUUCAGAGAGAGCUGCAGGUCUUUGCUGCCGCUUAGUAGUCCCCUGUCAUAAAGGAAUGCCAAGGCUUACUGAUCUGUCUGUCAAAACCAAAGAUGUCUGGGAAAUUCCACGAGAAUCCCUACAGUUGAUCAAGAGACUGGGAAAUGGGCAGUUUGGGGAAGUAUGGAUGGAGAAAGCUGAUGGUUUGUGUUUUAACUUAACUGUGAUUGCUACGAAUAAUACCCCACAAACUGUUGGAUUGGCUAAAGAUGCAUGGGAAGUUGCACGUGAUUCAUUAUUUCUGGAACAGAAGCUUGGUCAGGGGUGUUUCGCUGAAGUGUGGCGUGGUACGUGGAACGGAAAUACUAAAGUGGCUAUCAAAACCCUGAAGCCUGGCACUAUGUCUCCAGAAUCUUUCUUAGAGGAAGCCCAAAUCAUGAAGAAGCUAAAACAUGACAAAUUGGUCCAACUUUAUGCUGUGGUAUCUGAAGAACCUAUCUAUAUUGUCACGGAGUACAUGAGCAAAGGGAGUUUGCUAGAUUUCUUAAAAGAUGGAGAAGGAAGAGCUUUGAAGUUACCGAAUUUGGUGGACAUGGCAGCCCAGGUGGCUGCAGGAAUGGCGUACAUCGAGCGAAUGAAUUACAUACACAGAGAUCUGCGGUCCGCAAACAUUCUGGUGGGGAAUGGCCUAAUAUGCAAGAUUGCCGACUUCGGAUUGGCAAGACUGAUUGAAGACAACGAAUAUACAGCCAGACAAGGUGCAAAGUUUCCCAUUAAAUGGACUGCGCCAGAAGCAGCAUUGUAUGGAAGGUUCACAAUAAAGUCGGAUGUGUGGUCUUUUGGGAUCCUACUGACAGAGCUGGUAACAAAAGGGAGAGUGCCAUACCCAGGCAUGAAUAACCGUGAAGUCUUGGAGCAAGUAGAACGUGGUUAUCGGAUGCCAUGUCCUCAGGACUGUCCCAUCUCCUUGCACGAGCUUAUGAUCCACUGCUGGAAAAAAGACCCAGAGGAGCGUCCAACUUUCGAAUAUUUGCAGGGUUUCCUUGAAGACUACUUCACUGCAACAGAACCCCAGUACCAGCCUGGGGACAACCUGUAAAUCCCUCGUCUCCAGACACUGUCAUGAAUUACCAGGUGUUUCUCAGCCCUGCCCCACCUGUCCUUCAGCUUCCAACUCCGUGAUCGGCUUCUCCAGAGUGCUGCAUCUUCCAGCACCGCCGUGCACAGGAGGGGCUGAAGCUGGGAACUUCCGCAGCCCUUGCCUACGACCACUUGUCCUAAUAAUCUGAAUGUCCUGGAUGAAAAGGAGAAAAACACUCGUUCUUUCUUAAUCAAAGACUCCAAAACUGCAUUGUAUUGAUGUUAUGUAAACUUCAAAACCUCUGUUCAUUGUAAAUAGUAACUCGGUGCCAAUAACUGAUCCUAGUGCUUUCCUUUUUUUAAAACGCAAAACCUAUGUGAUUUUAACUAGUCUUCUCCUGAUUCAACUAAAAGUAUUAUUUUCCAGAAGUGGCCUCUUUGUCUAAAACAUUUUUUUUCAUGUUUUAACAAAUAAAAGAAAAAUCGGGACAGGUGUUUGGUUUUUUGCUUUUUUAUAUAUAAAAUAUAUAUAAUAUAUAUACAUACCUGUACAUACAGUA